AUGUGGCCAUCAGAUUGUUUUUCUCGCCCUGUGCCUGAUGACACUCUUAAUAAUAUGUCAUUGCUAACGACAACAUCUCCCCACCCCAAUCAAUCAGCCUUUUCUUUUCUUUUUAAGUUUUAUAAUUAUCAUCUUUUUUUAUUUUUUACCUUUCGGCUAUUUCUUCCUCAUCUCUCCUUUCUCCAAAAUGUUUUUCUUUUCCUAACGCUUCUUUUUUCCCCUUUUCCUCCUCCUCCUCCUUGCUUGUUUAAUAACUGUUUCUUUCUUUUCCUCCCCUUUUAUUCUUCAUUAUUGGCUUUGAUCAUUCUUUGCUUUGCCUUCCUUCCUUCUUUCCUUCCUUCCUUCUUCCCUUCCUUCCUUCUUUCCUUCCUUCUUUCCUUCCUUCCUUCCUUCCUUCCUUCCUUCCUUCCUUCCUUCCUUCCUUCUUUCCUUCCUUCCUUCCUUCCUUCCUUCCUUCCUUCCUUUUUCUUCUUCUCGACCUGA